UAUUGUUGGGAGUAUUAGUAUUAAAUAGAUUGAGAAGAGUGAGAACACUGACUUGUGUUUGUCCCUACAACUACCAAAUUCUGUUGAAAACUCUUUUCUCCUUUUUUUUUUCUAAACAAAGAAAAGAAUUAACAACUAGUGAAGAACAACUCCUCCUUUCCUCCAUUUACAUUAUUAAUUACUAUUCAAUCAUCAAAUCCAUAAAUCCAAUAAACUUUUUUCACAUGCAUUUAUCAUCUUCAAAUUUGCUCAAUCCACCAUGGAUCACACCUUUCAUCUUCUUCAUCACAGCCCUAAUAUUAUUCCCACUUUCUCUCUCCGAUCCGAGAAUUUCGGAAGCCGGCCUCUUCUGCGGCCAAUCACGGCCGCCGCCGAACUCAAGCUACAUCCCUCUAUUCGUCAACGCGAUGGAGGUUCUCUCCCAGCAGGUCACCGCCAACGAUUGGGGUCACUACGCCGUCAAUUCGACUAACAUCUCCGUCUACAAUCUAGCCCAGUGCUACGGCGAUCUGUCUCACAACGACUGCCUCCUCUGCUACGCCGCCAGCCGCACGCGCCUCCCGCGGUGCCUCCCCGCCGUCUCCGGACGCAUUUUCCUCGACGGCUGCUUCCUCCGCUACGACAGCUACGCCUUCUUCAACGAAAGCUCCGACGCCGUUCUGGACACCGUGAACUGCAAUAGCUCGGUCGGGGUGGGCGGCGGGGUCGUCGAUUUGGAGUUCGGGAAGAACGUCGGGGAGCUGAUCGAUAACGUCACGGCGAGUGCGGUCGCGAGUGGGGCGUACGCGGUGCAGGGGAGUAAGGGCGUGUUUGGAUUGGCCGAGUGUUGGAAUACUGUGAGCAGAGAGGGGUGUAGGGCGUGUUUGGCUAAGGCGAACAGAGAAAUUAGGGCGUGUUUGCCUAACAAGGAAGGUAGAGCUUUGAAUACUGGCUGCUAUUUGAGAUACUCCACUGAGAAAUUCUUCUCCAAUCAGUCUCAUGAUUCAAACCACAAUUCUGGGGUGUCAAGAACAGGGGCAACUUUGGCAAUCGUUUUGUCUGUGGUAGCUUUCUGUAUGCUCAGUUUCUUUGCUGGUUAUGCAGCCUAUGGAAGAUGGAGAAAACGAAGACAAGCACGUGAUAAUCUUGGCCAAAUAUCGUACUCCUACAACAAAUCAAACUUAAAUUUCAAAUACGAAACUUUGGAGAAGGCGACGAAUUACUUCGACGAUUCAAGAAAAGUAGGGCAAGGAGGAGCAGGUUCUGUGUACAGAGGAACGCUGUCAAACGGUAAAACAGUAGCUGUAAAAAGAUUAUUCUUCAGCACAAGACAAUGGGUGGAUGAAUUCUUCAAUGAAGUGAAUCUCAUUAGUGGAAUUGACCACAAUAACCUUGUCAAGCUUCUUGGCUGCAGCAUUGAAGGCCCUGAAAGCCUUCUUGUUUAUGAAUUCAUACCCAACAAAAGCCUCGAACAAUACCUCUUCGAUAAGAACAAGGUUAAAAUAUUGAGCUGGAAAGAACGGCAGAAUAUAAUCGUUGGAAUAGCUGAAGGGCUCGAUUUUCUUCAUACAGGGUGUAACAUGAGAAUAAUCCACAGGGAUAUCAAGAGCAGUAAUGUUCUGCUUGACGAGAAUCUUGAUCCGAAGAUAGCCGAUUUCGGUCUUGCCAGAUGUUUUGCAGCUGAUCAAACUCAUCUCAGCACAGGAAUUGCAGGCACAUUAGGAUACAUGGCACCGGAAUACCUAGUAAAAGGACAGCUCACCGAAAAGGCUGAUGUUUAUAGCUUCGGUGUGCUGGUUCUUGAAAUUGUCACAGGCAGGAAGAGCAAUGCCUUUGUGGAAGAUUCUGGAUCUCUUCUACAAACAGUUUGGAAGCUCUUCAAGAGGGACAAAUUGACAGAAUCAGUUGAUCCGUGUCUGAAAGGAGAUUUUCCAGCAACAGAAACAACGAAAGUACUAAGAAUCGGGCUUUUAUGCGCACAGGCAUCCGUAGCUCUUAGACCGUCAAUGGCCGAAGUUGUUCGAAUGCUAAGAGACGAAAACUAUGAAAUCCCGGAACCAAGACAGCCCCCGUUUAUUAACACAACUGCCCUUUCGGGCAGCUCUGCCAGGUCAUCAUACAGCAUUAACAGUUCAACAACAUCGAAUGCUAUAAUAAAACAAGGAGCAACAUCCUCCUAUCCUUCCACCGAAACAGAGUCUUUCAGUAUUCAGAGCUCCGAUGGACAUUCCAGAAGUGAAGAGCUCAGGACAAAUAGUUGAAAAUUGAACUUCAUACAUAUAUAUACAUACACAUGUAUACUUACAUACUAUUUUAUGUAUCCUGCUUGUCAAAAUGAAGAAACCUUGUACCUAGAUUUUUGUCAAAGAGUGCAAUAGUCAUUGAGUAGGUAAUGUGGGCCCCAUUACCUUUAUUAUGAAGAGAAAUACAUUCUUUUUCCAUGAAUUUUUGCCAACAGCUCAUUCUUUUUAAUUUAAUUCUCAAUGCUCAUCAU